AUGGGCAAACUCAGCCUCCGAGCCCUCGUCGUCGGGCUACUGGCCUCCAAUGCUUCGGCCGCUCUCGACGGAAGCCGAUAUCUAUGGUAUACUUCUCCUGCCACAGACUGGGAAACCGGUGUUCUUCCCAUUGGAAACAGUCGCCUCGGCGCGGCCAUCUUUGGAGGCGGCAAUGAAGUCGUCACCAUCAACGAAGACACCAUCUGGGAUGGUCCGCUGCAGGACCGCAUCCCUGCGAACGGCCUUGCCGCGUUGCCAAAAGUCCGCCAGAUGCUGAUGGCUAAUAAUCUGACCGACGCUGGCAACCUUGUCCUGAGCCAGAUGACCCCAGCCAGCUGCUGUGAGAGGCAGUUUAGUUAUUUUGGCAACUUGAACCUCAACUUUGGGCACGGAAGCGGCAUAUCAAACUACAUCCGCUCGCUUGACACGCGCCAGGGCAACUCUAGCGUGUCUUACACGUUCAACGGUGUUACUUACACUCGUGAAUACGUUGCCAGCAACCCUGAUGGUGUUAUCGCAGCCAGAUAUACAGCAAGCAAGGCCGGCGCCCUGAGCGUGUCCGCCACAUUUUCAAGAAUAAACAACAUUCUCAGCAAUGUCGCAUCAACUUCCGGCGGUGUCAACAGCGUGACCCUCCAAGGAACCAGCGGCCAGUCAACCAAUCCCAUUCUCUUUACUGGCAAGGCCCGUUUCGUAGCCAGCGGAGCUACCUUCAGCGCCUCUGGUGGCACGCUGACCAUUACCGGAGCAACCACCAUUGAUGUCUUCGUCGACGUUGAGACGAACUAUCGCUAUCCCACUGCCAGUGCUCUUGCCGCCGAAGUCGACAACAAGCUCAACGCAGCCGUGUCCAAGGGCUUCCCGGCAGUUCACAAUUCAGCCAUCGCCGACAGCUCUGCUCUUCUUGGUCGCGCCAACAUCAACCUCGGAACCUCUCCCAAUGGCCUCGCCGACCUCUCCACAGACCAGCGUGUCAAGUCCGCUCGCAGUGCCUUCAACGACCCGCAAUUGAUCGUUCUUGCGUGGAACUACGGCCGUCAUCUCCUCGUUGCCUCGUCACGCGAUACCUCAGCAGCCAUUGACAUGCCCCCCAACUUGCAGGGUGUCUGGAACAACGCAACUUCUGCGCCUUGGGGCGGAAAGUUCACCAUCAACAUCAACACCGAGAUGAAUCUGUGGCCCGCCGGCCAGACAAACCUCAUCGAGACGCAGCUGCCGCUCUUCGACCUCCUCAAGGUCGCCCAGCCCCGUGGCCAGGAGAUGGCACAGAAGCUGUACGGCUGCAACGGCACUGUAUUCCACCACAACUUGGAUGUCUGGGGUGAUCCCGCUCCCACGGAUAAUUACACUUCGAGCACCAUGUGGCCUAUGGGAGCGACGUGGCUGGUGCAGCACAUGAUGGAGCAGUACCGCUUCACUGGCGAUCUCAACUUCCUCAGAAACACGGCUUAUCCAUACCUGCUUGACAUCUCCAAGUUCCUCCAGUGCUACACAUUCACCUGGCAGGGUAACCGGGUCACCGGUCCUUCUCUGUCUCCCGAGAACACUUAUGUCGUGCCCAGCGGUGCUAACAAGGCCGGUACUCAAGAGCCCAUGGACAUGGCCCCUGAGAUGGACAACCAGCUCAUGCGAGACGUCAUGACCUCCAUCCUCGAGGCUGCCGCCGCUCUUGGCAUCUCCAGCAGCGACAGCAACGUCCAGGCCGCCACCAACUUCCUGCCCCUGAUCCGAACCCCUCGCAUUGGAUCUUAUGGCCAGAUCCUCGAGUGGAGGUCCGAAUAUGGCGAGACCGACCCCGGCCACCGCCAUCUCUCUCCUCUGUACGGACUGCACCCCGGAAGCCAGUUCUCGCCCCUCGUCAACAGCACUCUUAGCGCAGCUGCCAAGGCCCUUCUCGAUCACCGCGUCGCUGGCGGUUCCGGUAGCACAGGCUGGAGUCGCACCUGGCUGUUGAACCAAUACGCCCGUCUCUUUUCCGGAGCCGAUGUUUGGAAGCACAUUGUUGCCUGGUUCGCUACCUACCCCACGCCCAAUCUCUGGAACACCAACGGCGGAUCGACCUUCCAAAUCGACGGCAACUUUGGCUUCACCAGCGGCGUCACCGAGAUGCUGUUGCAGAGCCAGACCGGAACAGUUCAUCUGUUGCCGGCUCUCCCCGGCUCCAACCUCCCUACAGGAAAUGUCCGGGGUCUGUUGGCUCGAGGAGGCUUCCAGGUGGAUAUUGACUGGCAGAGCGGUGCCUUCAAGAGUGCCACCGUGACAUCGACACGGGGAGGCCAGUUGAAGCUCAGAGUGGCGAACGGACAGAGCUUCAAGGUCAAUGGAGCUACGUACACCGGAGCUAUCUCGACGAGCUCUGGAACAAAGUAUAGCAUUACUGUUUGA